GUUGCUCACCAGUAGCCUUAAAACACGAAGAAGAAGAACGACGAAGAGGAAGAGGAGCCCGCCAAAUUUAAAGGAUGUAAACAAUAUUAGCUAAGCUUCUGUAAUUUUACUUUGAAAACAAGAUAUUGUUCACUCUGUUCGGGUUUGUUAAACCCGGUUUGUAACGUUUGCCAUAAUGAGCUCCAGUGGAAAAGGACCUGGAGAUUCAACACUUCUUGCUGCCAGCGGAGACAGCGAUUCCAUUAAAGUCUUUGUACGAGUGCGACCUCUGACCCAAGGUACUGGGCUGACCACAGACGGGGAUCAGAGUCUGUGUCUGAACGUCAGCUCACCCAACACCAUCCGUCUGCUCUCAAAACCAGAACCACGGACUUUCACCUAUGACCAUGUGGCAGAUAUGGACACGUCUCAGGACUCAGUUUUCAACAGCGUGGCCAGAAAUAUUGUUGAGUCUUGCAUGAAUGGAUAUAAUGGUACUAUAUUUGCUUAUGGACAAACGGGCUCUGGAAAAACAUUUACCAUGCUUGGUCCGUCUGAGCUGGACAACUUCACAGACGAGCUGAGGGGCGUCAUACCUCGAAGCUUCGAGUACCUGUUUUUUCUCAUUGGUAGAGAAGUGGAAAGGUCUGGAAAGUCCAAAAGUUUCCUCUGCAAAUGUUCAUUUAUUGAGAUCUACAACGAACAGAUUUAUGACCUGCUGGAUUCAGCCUCUGCCAGCCUCUUCCUCAGAGAGAACAUUAAGAAGGGUGUGUUUGUGGAAGGAGCUGUGGAGAAGUUUGUGAACUCAGCAGCUGAAGCCUAUCAGGUUCUCUCUAUGGGCUGGCGCAACCGACGUGUGGCCUCCACCUCCAUGAACCGAGAGUCCUCCAGAUCUCACGCAGUGUUCACCAUGACUCUUGAGUCCAAGGAGUCCCGCAAUGAGGUGGUGAACAUCCGAAGGUCUCAGCUGAAUCUGGUGGAUCUGGCCGGAUCUGAAAGACAGAAAGACACCCACACCGAAGGGUCCAGACUCAAGGAGGCUAGCAGCAUCAAUCGCUCGCUCAUGUGCCUGGGUCAGGUCAUUAUGGCUCUGGUGGAUGUGUCCAACGGGAAGAGCCGACACAUCUGCUACAGGGACUCUAAACUCACCUUCUUGCUCAAGGAUUCUCUUGGAGGAAAUGCAAAGACCUACAUCAUAGCUAACGUGCACCCUGGUUCAAAGUGUUUUGGAGAAACACUGUCCACGUUACAGUUUGCCCAGAGAGCAAAGCUGAUCAAGAACAAGGCUGUUAUUAAUGAGGACACACAGGGAAAUGUGAAGCAGUUACAGGCUGAAGUGAAGAAGCUGAAGGAGCAGCUUGCUCAGGCUCUGACCUCUUUGGGAGGAGACUCUGCACCGGGAGGACCUCAGCCUCUCAUGGGUCCCUCAGCUGAAAACCAACAAGAUGUUUUGUAUAAAGGGAAAUAUAUGGCUGCUGUGCGCCUGUGGAAGAAGCAAAACGGGGAGAAGAAGAUCCUGCUCAAGAAGGUGGCUCAGCUGGAGGAGGCCUGGACCCAAAAGGACAAGUUCAUUCACUCCAGCAGAAUGAUCAUCAGGUUUAGAGAGGACCACAUCUCCCGUCUGGAGAAGAAGCUAAAGGCGGGGCAAAGCUCGCUGUCAGACGCUGAGUCGCAGGCUUUGAUUGACCAGCUGAAAGAAGAAAUUAAGAUCUUAAGUGAUCAGGUUGACCAUCAUCCAAAGAUGACUCGAUAUGCAGCAGAGAAUUACAGCCUCAGAGAAGAGAACCGUCUGCUGCGUUCUCUUGAAUCUGUGCUAAAAGCUGAAGAAGUUUCCACCCAAGUUGCAGCUGAGUUGGAGGAGGCCUUUCAGCGGGUGCUGGAGUCAGAAAAACUCACAGAAGUUUCCACUGCGUCUUCAACAUCUUCUGCAACAGAUUGUGCGUCUGCAGCCACAGUGGAAAAGCUGAGCGCAAAACUGCUGCAGAAACAGUCGGACCUCACAGCUGCCCUGCAGGCUUUCGAGGAGUACAAAGACGUCACAAAGAAACAACUGUCUCAGCUGCAGUCUGACAAAAGAUACCUGGAGAAGUCCAAUAGGCACUUGGAAAACAUUUUGGAAGCUACUCAUGCCUGCAAAAAACAUGAAGUCUCUGAGCUGAACAGAAUUCAUGUUGAAACUAUAAAGAUUCUCACCACACCCACUAAAGCGUACAACCUGCGGUCCCGGUUCGUGCCGCUUUCCAGUCCAGAACAUCUGAGCGGGUUUGACAACGAUGGAGAAGACAUCUGGUCUGAGCAGCCUCCGUCAGACAUGACUGAGAUGGCCCUGACGGAGGAGCUGCGCCAAGUGCAGGAUCAAGUGAGUCGUGUCCAAACACAGCUGAGUGAAGAGGAGAUUAACAACAGCAAGUUGUUGCAGCAAAUUGCAAAACUUGAGGAGCAGAUUGCUGUGAUUUCUCAGGAGUCUGACCAAAAAGAGGAGCAACUUCUUGCAGAACGAACCAAUAGGAACAAAGAUCAGCUCACCUUUAGGGAAACUGUUAACAGUCUGCAGCAGAGCCUUCAGUCUGAUCAACAAGCUGCAGAAGUUCUGAGGAGUGAGAUCAGAGAUCUACGGUUGGUCCUCCAGUCGUCCGACAAGGAGCUGGACUGUGUGAAGAACGAGCUCAGAGACGCUCGGAGUGAGCAUCAGGAGGAGAUGAGUCGGCUUUCCAGCAACUUGAUCAGCACACAGCUCCAACUUGACAAAGUCCAACUGGAGUGGGAGCAGCUUCUGGAGCAGCACCGAACUCUGCAGGAUUCCUGCGACCAGCUGCAAGCGGAGGCCAAGUUUGAGGCUGAUCAGGCACGGCAGGAACUGUGCAACAGGCAGAAGGAGGCCGACCAGCUGAAAGUGGAGGUCUUGGAUUUAAAUAAUUCGCUGCAAGCCGAGCAGGAGCGCACAAGGAGUCUGAUGUCGCAGCUGAGAGAAAACAAAGAAAGCACGUUGAAGGAGCUGGUUGAAACCAUGGAGCAGAACACACAGCUUAGAAAACAAGCCUCAGACUUGACUCUACAAAAUCAACAACUGUCAUCCAAACUCGCUGAUCUGGAGCAGAAUCUAACUUCUGCCAAUGGAACGAUUACCAGCUUGGAGCAGGAGAUUAAACAUGACAAAGACGUUCUGUUAGACCUCAUGAACCAAACCAGAGAUCUUCGUGCUGAGCUGAGCCAGAAGGAGGAGACCAUCAUUCAUCUGUCUGGAGAAAUUAAAGACAUAUCUGCCAAGUUUAAUACUGCCUGCUGUGAAAGGGACAACAUUAGGGAGCAAAACCAGAAGAUGAAGGCUGAAAUCUGUGACCUAAAAGAAACUCUGGAGAGAAAGAUGGUGUCCAACAAGAUAGAGGUGGAGGUGUUGCAGGAAGAGAUAACUUACGCCACUGAGGAGGUUGAGAGACUCACAAAGGUCUGUGAUGAGCAGCAAAGCCUUCUCCAAGCAACGCAAGAGCAAGCAGCGCAAAAGGAGUUAAUCAUAAAGAGUCUAGAGCAGAAGGUGCAACAACAGCAAGAAACUGUCGAGAAAACAGUCAGAAACGGAGGAUUUAAACCCACUGAGCCGACUGUCACACCUAAAUCAGUAAAUCGGACUCCUUGUGGUUUGGGCAGCUUUAACAGAGAUCUGACGGACGUGUUGGAGAGCCAGGAGCGAGAGCUGGAGAACAGGCGCUCCUCCAUGAUGACCAUGGAGCUUCUUCUAGCUGAGCUGAACUCUGAGAGGAGCGCCAAAAACGAGGAGAUCCAAAGGCUCAAGGAGGAGCUGAGAGACAAGGACAUGGUUCGAAUGGAGAUCCAAGGUUUGCUAGAUACGUUUUACACCAAGGAGAGCCAGCUCACUCAGACUGGAAAUAAUAAUAGUGAGGAGUUUGGUGAAGUUCUCAGGCAGACUGUGCUGAAAGAGCUUCAGGAGGAGAGAGCAGAGAAGAACCAAAUAUUGCAGAGGCUGUCUGCUGCUCAAAGAAAAUUGCAGGAACAGGAAUCAUCUUUUGCUCAGUCACAGACCUGCAUUCAAGAGUUAACCACUGAGUUGAGGAACCGCUGCUUGGAGCUGAGAGAGCUAAACCUGAGGGUGUAUGAUGAGGAGAAACUUCUCCAGGAGAACGAGGUGCUGCGUAAGCAGAAUGAAAAACUGUCAGAGGAGAACGGAAAAUUAGUCGGACAUAAGAACCACAAACAGAGGAUUGAAUAUCUGGUCAAACUGAAAAAGGACAAUACUCGACUACAAGAGGAAAAUGAAAAGCUCAGAACAGAGAUCAGCCUAAUACGAGACGACCCUGGCAUCCUGCCGCCAGACAUUAUGUGAAGCCUCGUCUGUUCCAGAUCAACACAUUUUUGAUGAAAUUGUAUUUUUUUAUUCAACAUUUUAAUUCCAGUUCUGAUGGCUCUCUUCUUCUUACAACCCUCUGAUCGAGCUAAUACCGACAUUCCUAGUAUCCUGCAGGGACACCAGCGUUCAUAAAAACGUGUUUAUUUUAAUGUACAUUCAGUCAUUUCUUUCUCAGGCCACAAGUGGUUGUUUUUAAUUUUUGCAUACUGUCAUCUGGUGCUGUAAUGGUCAACUGAUCCCCUGUUUAAUAAACAUAUUGUUUGCUA